CCUCCUCACACAUGCAAAAUAAAUAAACUCUCAACUCUCUCACUCACCUUCAUCUCAAAUUUUCACCCAUUUCAUUCCAUAUCUUUUUCUUUUUCACUCCCAUGUUUCAAACACAACACUGAAACCAAAGCAUAAACAAAAAAAAUGUCCAGCUCCAAAAAAAAACUAACCUUAAACACUGUCUCCAUAAACCUCGGUUGUGGAACAUGUAGAAGACCAAAACUUAGUUUCAUAUUCAACCCAAAACAAAAACACAAAAACCAUCACCUUCAUAACAAGUCUUCAUCUUCUUCUUCUUCAAAUUCAAAUCCUUGGAGAGAACGAGCCAGAGACAAUACCGAAACUUCAAGUAGCACCAGCAACACUACUACACCCACAACAAAAACGUCAUUCCACUCAGAUAAAUCAUCACCACUGAAAGGAUUCGGAAGAGUCGGAAACGAAGGAGUAGCGGUUGAGAAAGAUUCGGAUGAUCCUUAUCUUGAUUUCAGACAUUCCAUGUUACAAAUGAUAUUGGAGAAUGAGAUAUGUUCCAAGGAUGAUCUUAGAGAGCUUUUGAACUGUUUUCUUGAGCUGAAUUCGAUGGAACAUCAUGGGAUUAUUAUAAGGGCUUUUACUGAAAUCUGGAAUGGAGUUUUCUCUGUUAAGUCUGGUUUUUCACCUCAACCGUAAGUCACGUGACUUCUAGCUUCUCACGUGGAUGACCAGAUGUAUAAAUAAGUGGUAAUGUUAAGGAUGUAAUGUGGUAAUCAUAGCAUUGCUACUAAAUCAAAUUGGAAAAAUGCAAUGCAACUAUCUGUUUAUUUUCGGUUUAGAAGAUUAACUGUGUUUUUAAUUAUAAAAAAAUUGGUUGUUAUCUUUCCAUAUCAUAUAGGAUGUCCAUAUGGAUAUAUGCAGAUUCAUUAAUGACACUAAUGCAGCAAAUGUGCAUCAGUGACUGCAGUGAAUCUACAUUCAUUUUAAUUAUAGAGAGAGCGGGUUAAAACGUCUCAAACAUC